AUGGAUACGGGCGUUAUCGGCCCAGUUACCGAUAUGAAAGAUUUCAAGGCCUCCUUUGGAGGGAGCCAGAAUGCGACCAUUCACGGUCUUAUUGUUUCCUCGAUCUUGAUUCCUGCUGCUCUCUCCUCAUUCUUUGCGGGUCACCUUGCAGACAAGAUUGGUCGACCGAAGGGUAUUAGUAUUGGCGUUUUUAUCUUUGGGGUUGGAGCUGCUAUUGAAGCUGCUGCCGUCUCACUUGGAAUGUUCAUUGCUGGGAGAGUUAUAGAGGGGUUGGGAGAGGGGCUGUUCUUAGGCACGCUUGUGGUCUAUAUCGCGGAAAUUUCACCUACAAGCACUCGAGGCAUGUUGACAACGGGUCCGCAAUUGUUGAUUACUGCGGGAAUCAUGACAGGGUACUUCACUUGUUAUGGAUCUUCGGGUGUCAAGUCAUCUCUUUCGUGGCGCACACCAUUUAUCCUUCUUGCGUCGCUCUCGAUGGCAGAGCAAGCAUGGGAUAAGCUGGGUGUGAGCCACGCUGAGCGUGAAAAGGUCGAAUUAGAGUCGGAAGGGGUCGAUGUUACUGCGCCUACGGACAAGUCGCAGGCUAGGGAGACUGUCGUGGUAAUAACCCAAAAACCCAAGCCGAGUGUCAUGGACAAACUUUUCGACAUUUUCUCAAAGGAUGUUCGGUCGCGCACUGCUCUUGUUGUAUUCAUGAUGGGAAUGCAGCAGCUCAGUGGUAUUGAUGGCGUGCUUUAUUACGCCCCGUUGCUUUUCCAACAGGCCGGACUUGCGUCGUCAGAAGCGAGCUUCUUUGCCUCCGGUGUUUCAGCACUAGUGAUUUUCUGCGUGACUAUUCCCGGACUGCUCUACGCAGACAAAUGGGGCCGCCGAGGCAGUGUCAUUUAUGGUGGUGUUGGACUGGGCGUCGUCAUGUUCCUGAUCGGCGGUCUGUACGCUGGAAAUGCCGUCCAUGGAACCUCUGGAGCUGGUCGUUGGGUGGUAAUUGUUGCCAUUUAUAUUUUUGCCGUCAUCUACUCGAUGACAUGGGCAGUCAGCAUCAAGAUCUACGUGCCCGAGAUUCACCCGAGUCGCACCCGUGCAUCGGCAACGACCCUGGGGCAUUCCUCAAACUGGAUCGCCAACUUUCUAGUCGCCCUCACGACACCUAUCUUACUGGCUAAGAGCUCUUUCGGAGCUUACUUCUUGUUCGGUGGCUGUUCCAUCUUUACCGCUAUUGUGUGUGCGGCUUUCAUGCACGAAACCAAAGGGCGGUCCCUGGACGAAAUCGAGGAGGCGUUCAAGCACAAGACUUCUAGACGAAAGAACCCUUUCAACUCUUUGCGACGACCCAUCAUGAAGUAG